ACGCACUGCACCUGCCGCGGCAGCUGCUCCACCAAGAUGGGCGGCUGUGUGAAGGCUGGCAAUGGGUGCGGGAGUGGCUGUCGGUGCCAGCCGGCGCUGUGCAAGAACAAGAAGCUUUCUUCUACUAAUGCGUCGGAUAGCGAGGAGAAGGAGAACACGGUUAGUAAAGUACAGUGUAAGGGACAAGCGAGAUAGCGGCGGCACCACGCACUGCACCUGCCGCGGCAGCUGCUCCACCAAGAUGUGCGGCUGUGUGAAGGCUGGCAACGGGUGCGGGAGUGGCUGUCGGUGCCAGCCGGCGCUGUGCAAGAACAAGAAGCUUUCUUCUACUAAUGCGUCGGAUAGCGAGGAGAAGGAGAACACGCCAACCAGUGUGCUGGACACAACACCGCCCUCAUACUUCGGCACCAACUUACGCCCGACUAGCCCAGAGUCAACCCUCCAGCUCACGCCUAUCAAACAGAGAGAACGGCCGCUGACGAACAGAAGUCUACGAAGCAACCAGACACAGAAAUGGAUGUUCGCAUUGCUAGUAUACAACACUUGUGUGGCGCCUAUGUCUUCAUACUGCGCCAACAAUAUAGUACAAUACGGGAUGGACGUGGCCAAAUAUAAUGUGCUUGCGAACGUAGUAAAACUACUGAUGCGGGAGAAGUCACCCUAACCUAACGUUCGUAAAGAAAAGACAGAGGAGUUACUUUUUCUCUAACGACGAAUAGACUGACUUAAUCCGCUGGAUGCCGCAUAGUAUUUAUAAUCUAUAUCCUUAAUGUGUUUAAAUGUUUACGCCUUUACAAAUUUACUUAUACGCUCCGCCGAAAAUUACGAUGUUGCAUUGAAUUAUGAAAAUUAGGAGGUUAUAA